AUGUACCAUUACCCCAGUCCGCAUCCCGGGUGGUCUUCCUACGACUACAUGACCUCCCCGCCCACCUCGCCUCACUACGCCUUCUACGCCACUCAGUUUGCCACCCCUUACGCCUCCCCUCGCGGUCCAUCGAAACGUCAUAAUCGCAAGGCCAGUUACGCCGGCACCAAGGAGACGGCAGGAUGGUACUCUGGGUAUGGACAGGGUGUCUACGAAGCGAUGCCAGAGCAUGGCACGCCACCGCGCAAGCACGAUCCUGUAAGUGCUUCUUUUGGUGGCUAUCACCGUCGCCGUAGUACCAUGUCAGGUGCGCCCGCCGGUCCGUGGGAUGCCGCCGGUCCCCACCCGUCGCAGCCGUCGCACAAGCCAUCGAUCUACGUGGAAGUGGUCGAGGAUGCAUUCGAUGACGCCCUCCGAUACGGCCUUCACGAGGAACCCAGUCCUCUUCGUCGCAAACCGUCGACGCCUCAGCGCAAGCCGAAGCCACGCACUGAUCAAUACUUUUACUAUAACCAGGUCCCUGCCCAUGAUGACGUUGAUUCCCCGAAACGCUCGCGUGCGCGCCGCCAGUCCACCUCCACCCGGACGCCAUCGAAACCCAAGCCUGAACCUGCCGCGAAGCCACCACCCAAUGCCACGGAAGAGGAUGCUGCGCGUGCCGGCAUCCCCCCGGGUUACUCGAUCAAGAACUGGGAUCCGACGGAGAUGCCAAUUAUCCUGCUGGGGAGUGUGUUCGAUGCGAAUUCGCUCGGCAAGUGGAUCUACGACUGGACUGUUUUUCAUCAUGGCGCGUCGACCCCGAUGGCGGAUGUUGCGGGGGAUCUGUGGUUGCUGUUGAUCAAGCUAGCGGGUAAGGUGAAGCGGGCGGACGAAUGCGUCGACCGCAUCAAGCGCCAGGAUGCGCACGAAGUGGUGGGGGAUUUUCUGGAAAGUGGCGAACGGCUGUGGGCGCGAUUCAAGAAGCUACUGAAAACGUGCGAACAGUUCAUGUGGAAGGCGGCCAAGCGCGAUGGCAACAAGCCGGUUUCGAUGGGUCGCAAUGCGGGCUGUGAAUUUGUGGAGACGAUUUUCGGCCGCGACCGCGAGCUGGAAAGCACGGAGAAGUUGAUGAACAGCAUUCGGCUAUGGAACAUGCGCUUUGACGCCAACUGCGAGACCAUUCUUCGCCGCCCGUCCGCGGCAUAAUCGGACCCAAAAGUAAUACUGUUGAUUUUACUGCAGCGACAGAUGCGUUUUUCGCAUCGCACGGGAAUACAGGCGCGUGAGCGUUGGCCUUGAUUCAUCUAUUAUUAUCGGAUUGCAUUUGGGCGCGUUUGGUUUGGCUCGGCUUGUCCGACUGGAUUGCUGCUGCAUGUGAUUGAACCUUGAAUAUACCGCUAUCAGCGCGGGAGGCAUUAUUAUUAUUACUCUUUUCCUUUGUGAUACAUUUCCUUUCUGCUACAUUCUGGGACGGGGAUCUGCUUGUCUGGCAGCAUGCAAGUGGCUUGACUUCGUUCUGUCUUUAUGAUACCAUUCUGCGACGCACUCGGUUGGCGGUUCGGUUGGAUGAUUGUUUCUUUUUUUUCCUUUGUCUUGCACGCAUCAUCUAUCUUGUUGGCAUUCUAGGUUCACUCAGAGUACAUACUAGAUACCCACUACCAUACCGAUAGAGCAAUAUAUCAACAUCAUCACCC